UGUUAGAAGCAGGGGCACUUUGAGAAAAUUUGAAAAGUUUUCGAGAGGCAAACGGGUUUGCUUUGGUAACAGUACUAUGAUCUUGAUAGUAGUAUUGUGAACUCACAAACAACGGAAUACAACUAACCACAAUGUUCGUGGAAAAAAAGAAAACAACUUGAUUGGAUGAAUCAGUAUUAAAAAAAAAAAAAGUCCCUAAGUUCAAGUUAGCGAUAAGUAAGAACGAAUUACAAGUUUUUAAUCGAAUGCAAUUUUGCAAGCGUGAGAUUUUUAAUACAAUUACCGUUUAAAGCAGGAUAUAUAGUCAGGCUUAUGUAGUUAUAGCCAUUAAAAAAAAACUGAAAAAAGGAAUUCUGGAAAGAAAAAUGAACCAUACCAACAAAAACAAGAAAGGUGUUUUUUUGGAAGAUUUGAUGAUUCAUCGUUUUCUUUAGGUCUGUCUGGUCUUGAGAAGCAAUGCAUAUAAAAAUGGGAAUGUGUCUAGGUUCCGAAAUGACAGAAGAAGAAAAGAAAGCUAAGAUACACAGUGAGAAAAUAGACCGAGAGUUGUAUGAAUACGUGAAAGAGGAGCUCAAUGUGGUUAAAAUCCUAAUGCUGGGUGCUGCUGAGAGUGGGAAGAGCACAUUGGUCAAACAGAUGAAAAUCAUUCACAGCCACGGAUUCACCAAGCAAGAACUCAUCAGCUUCAAGCCAGCAGUCCUGGACAAUCUUCUGACCUCCAUGAAGUUUGUUCUGCAUGGAAUGGGUGUGCUCAGAAUCAACCUGGCUAACAAUAAGAACAAGGUUCACGCUCACUCGCUCCUGUCUUGCGGACGCUGUUUCGAUGAGGAGCGGAUGCUCUUCCCCUUCGUGGCGCACGCCCUGCGUUGUCUGUGGGCCGACCCGGGGGUGCGGGCGGCUGCGGCGCGGGGCUACGAGUAUGAACUCAACGACUCUGCACUUUAUUUCUUUGACAACAUGAAUCGGAUCAUAACCCCGGCGUAUAUUCCGACUGAAACGGAUGUACUGCGCGUUCGACUGCGGACCACGGGCAUCAUCGAAACCCAGUUCAAAGUGAACCACCUCGUCUUCAGGAUGUAUGACGUUGGAGGUCAGAGGACAGAACGGAGGAAGUGGAUUGGCUGCUUCGAGGAAGUGAGGGCGGUACUCUUCGUGGUCGCACUGAGCGGAUAUGACAUGACCCUCAUAGAAGACCCUUCAAUGAAUCGUCUUCAAGAAAGCUUGAAGCUGUUUGCCUCGAUCUGCAACAAUGUUUUUUUCAGGAGUACCUCAAUGAUUUUGUUUCUGAACAAAAUCGAUCUUUUUCAAGAGAAGAUCUUGCACUCAUCGAGACACUUGAGGCUGUACCUGCCGCAGUACAGAGGUGCAGACUGCGAUGUGGACGCGGCCGCUCGAUACAUCAGCAGCAAGUUCCUGUCACUCAAUAAAACCCCCAGCAAACUCGUCUACCAUCACUUCACCACGGCAACCGACACCUCCAACGUGCAAAUUGUCUUCCAGGUUGUUAUGGAUACCAUCAUAAAGGAAAAUCUAGAAGCUGUCUCUCUGCUCUGA